UAUAUAAACCAAGGAAAGGAAUUUAUCAAACUCUGUGGCGAUACCCAGAACAGAAUUUAACGAGCAAGAGUGAGUGAAGGAAAAAGAUUGGAAGAAGAAGAGACGAAGCAGAAGGAAAAAUCAGAAAACCCUAAUUGGAGGAUGUGAUGUAUUAUUGCAUGAUCGAUGGGAAAACCCUAGAUUCGGAAGAGUAGGGGGCGCAAUCGACGAAGACGUAGAUGCUUGUUGUCGUUGGAGUAUCGUGGGAUCUGAAUUGGUUCCUGCAACUGUUGCUCUCCGUCAUCGUCGUCGCCGUCGGGGUCCACAUUUUCGUCAAGACCACCGCAUCCAAAUACUUCGAGGUCGACGCUAAUUUCGAAGGGGAUCACCACCACCACCACCACCACCAACACGCCCUCGCCGACGCAAUGCCCGGCGUUCUCGCCCCCGCCCCCGCCGCAGCCGAUCCUCUCUGCGCCGUCUGCGCCACGCGCGCCACCAAGAAGUGCUCGCGCUGCAAGGCUGUUCGCUAUUGCUCACAGGAAUGCCAGCAGUCGCAUUGGAAGUCUGGGCAUAAGACCGUAUGUAAGGAUUUUCAUGACGCCAGUGUAAGAAGCUCGGCACAGAAUGGGGUAGUUAAUAGUGGGUUUAAGACUUCUGCUGCUGGGGGUAAAAGCUCGUCGUUGAUUGCAUUGAUACCUGGUUGUGGAGAAGUUUCCAGGCCAAUCAAGAAGCUGCCUAAAGAUGUUCUUUUUCCUUACAAUGAAUUUGUCAAGUUGUUUAAUUGGGACAAACCAGGAUUUCCACCAUGUGGACUCUUGAAUUGUGGAAACAGUUGCUUCGCAAAUGUGGUUCUCCAGUGUCUCUCAUUCACUAGGCCACUUGUUGCCUACUUGUUAGAGAAGGGCCACCGCCGAGAAUGCAGUUGUAAUGAUUGGUGCUUUCUAUGUGAAUUUGAAAACCAUGUUGAAAGAACAAGGCUAAGUUCACAGCCAUUUUCUCCGAUGAAUAUUCUCUCUCGUUUGCCUAAUAUUGGUGGUACAUUGGGAUAUGGAAGACAAGAGGAUGCUCAUGAAUUCAUGAGUUUUUCCAUUGAUGCUAUGCAAUCUGUUUGCCUUGAUGAGUUUGGUGGAGAAAAGGCUGUCCCUACUAACCUUCAGGAGACAACUCUUAUUCAACACAUAUUUGGUGGCCGCCUUCAAUCUGAGGUGAUUUGCACAAAAUGUGAUAAGAUUUCAAAUCAGUAUGAACAUAUGAUGGACUUGACAGUUGAAAUUCAUGGAGAUGCUGUCUCCUUGGAGGAAUGUCUAGAUCAGUUUACUGCCAGGGAGCGGCUUGAUGGGGAAAAUAAGUAUAAAUGUGAGGGGUGCAAGGAUUAUGUCAAGGCAUGGAAACGCCUUACUGUGAAAUGUGCUCCAAACAUUCUUACAAUUGCCUUGAAAAGAUUUCAGAGUGGGAGGUUUGGAAAACUUAACAAGAGAAUAGCCUUCCCUGAGACUUUAAAUCUUAGUCCUUACAUAAGUGAAACUGGAGAUGGAUCUGAUAUUUAUAAGUUAUACGCUGUUGUAGUACAUAUUGAUAUGCUAAAUGCUUCAUUUUUUGGUCAUUACAUCUGCUACAUCAAGGAUUUUGGGGGAAACUGGUAUAGGAUUGAUGACUUGAAGGUUAUGACUGUGGAGUUGGAAGAGGUACUUUCUCAGGGAGCAUACAUGCUCUUGUACAGCAGGUGUAGUGCCCGGCCAUCAGGCCUUCAAAAUCAAACUAAUGAAUCUUCUGGCAUAGCAGAAGUGCAAACAACAGAAGUGGAAGUGGAGCCCGGACAAACUGAACGAGAUGAAUGCAUCUCAAAUAUGAAGACUUUGACUCAUAGUAGAGGUUCUGAGGUUUUGCCAUCUUAUAUUUGUCCAGAAUCGAAAGUUUCUUCCAGCAGCCAUGCUGGAUUGAACUCACAAGCCAAAAGUGAGCAGCCUGAGGGUAUGGACAUGAUGGAUGUUGAUUCAAAUGGCAUUGCAAAUGAGAUUUCUUGUAGUGCUGUUGAAUCAUCUUAUGUGCCUAUUUCUCAAACCGUCAGAGAUUUGGGGGACGUUGAUAUGAGCAGGUCUUUAGAAGAGACUACCGGCUGCAAGGAAGAGCAAGAUAAUAGCAAUAUGGCUAGAUAUGGUUCUUCUCCGGGUUUACCAAAUGACUCAACCUUUGAUAAACAUUCUUCUAUUUCAAGGGAUUAUCAAAACAUGGAAGGUUCCGAACGUAUUGAUGUGGUUAAAUGCAAGUUGAUUACUGCUAAAGAUAAUGCAUAUUAUGGUAAUGGAUAUGUCAGUGCAAACAAGUCCGCUAUACCAGUUGAAGAUGCUGGCACACGAUUUUCUGGUGUUGGUUCUUUUCCCACUGAAAAUGACAGAGAAAAUGGAAUCAAGAAAAUGGAAAUAUCAGCUGACAUCUAGGUGCAGCUAUUUUUGUUAUUUCUUCAUAUCAUUUAAUUAUCCCAUCAUCGAAAAAGGUGGUGAGUUGGGAAAUUUUUUUCCGGGGUUUCAUUAUUUGUAGGAACCUUGGAUCUUAUUUGUAACAUUUCUAGAUGGAUUUCCUAAUUUAAUUUUACUGAUAGAAUAUAACCCCCUUUGUUCUUGUUUCCUUCUGGUCUUUGUACAUAACAAUAAAAUGAUUCUUUUAAGUUGUCGGGGA